UCGCUAGCUUCUGUCUUAUACAGAAGAAAAAAAUUAUUGAUGGGUUAUAGCAGCUAAGCCACUAAAGAACAUACAACUCCACGCGUAAACCUAUUUGGUGACGCUUCCGCGGCAGUUUGCCUUGGUCCAUUUGCAAGGUGAGCUGCACCACGAUGUGGGCGGAUGUCGAGCGGAGGCUCGUUUGGAUCCUCCGGUUGCCUCUGCAGUCUCAGUGAGAUCGGGCUGGCUGCAGAGCCCCAUGCAGUGCCCGUGCUGCGCCGGAGUUUUGCUGGCGUCCCGCUGAGCUGGCAGCGCCGCUGCAGAAAGAGGAAUGAACAGGGAGAGAACGCCGCGCGGUCAGAGACUUGGCGACCCGGCGACCGGGGCCGCCGGCAAGGGGCGGCGUUUUAGCCUGCAGCUGGUGGGCUCAGUAAGCGUGCACAAGCUCACUACCGUGCCGGUACUGCCCUGGGUAUUGGCCGAGGUACGGCGAAGCAGUGCCCGUGGCUCCGGCAGUCGCAGGGUAAGCUUGCAGGUGUGUCCCGGCUGGGUGCGCUGCGUGGAGCACGGUUCGGCCAAGACCGUGUUCCAGCACCGGGUGCAGCAAGUCCGCAGGCUGCUGCAGUACCGCACCGAGCCCAGUUACUUCGCUUACCUGAGCCUGAGCAGCAACAAGACCGCGGACCGCAGCGUUUGCUUUGUCUUCAGGGCAUCUGAUCACACACUGGUCCCAGAGAUCAUCAGUACCAUCCGUCAAGCUGGGAAGACAGUCUAUCAGGAAGAGACCCAAAUCCGCAUGCCCGAUGAUGAGUCAUUUGCUCAGAAGUAUGAAGUCCUGUUUGUUGGGAAGAUAACAGUGGCCCACAAGAAAGCUCCACCAGCACUCAUUGAUGAAUGUAUCGAUAAGUUCAACCACCUCCAGCAACGUAAUGAGGAAAAGAAAGAAGCCGCCACAGAGAAAAAGCUGGAGAGACCACGGACAGAUAGCUCGUUGUCAUUACGCUCCAAGCUUUCAAUACCAUUAUCACAAAAGAGAGUCAAAUCUGCUCCUAGGCUGUCUAUUCAUCAUGAACCUCAAGUUAAACCAUCACAGAGUACUUUGGAGAAAUGUAAAUCAUUGGAUGUUGGCAGCACUUUGAACUCAGAUGGAGCAGAGAGCGGUAGCUCAGUUGAAGCCCUGAAACGUGCAGCCAGCGUACCCAGUUUUGUGCAGCCAACAAACACAAAGGCAAAUAGGACAAUGCUGUUCACGAUUGGCCAGUCAGAAGUUUACCUCAUAAGUCCUGACACAAAGAAAGUAACGAUUGAGAAAAGCUUCAAGGAAAUCUCUUUCUGUUCUCAGGGAAUUAGGUACGUGGAUCACUUUGGAUUCAUCUGCAGGGAGAACUCAGACAGUGGAAGCUGCCAUUUUGUCUGCUACGUGUUUCAGUGUACUAAUGAGGCCUUGGUCGAUGAAAUUAUGUUGACGUUGAAACAAGCUUUCACUGCAGCUGCCGUGCAUCAGAACAUGAAGAUACAAACUCAGCUGUGCGAAGGGUGCCCAUUGAACUCCCUGCACAAACUAUGUGAAACGAUAGAAGACCUACACCCUUCAAAGGCAAAAGUGGAAAUUCAGAAACAUUUGUCAACAUUCAAUAACAAAGAACAAGCUUCCAUUUUUGAGGGAGUUCAGAGAAUGAAACCAAGAAAUGAACGGGAGGAAAACGAGCUUGUUGUUUCAAUGCUGCGGCAGAUCUACGAAGAGAAACAGAAACAGCACGUCCACAACGGAGAUGCAAAACAGAUCUUGCAGAGCUGUCCUCAGCAGUCCAAUGCCAGUGAGCAACAGUCUCUCUCUGCCCGCUUCCGGCUGGACAAUCUGAAAAUCAAAGCAAAAAAGUCAUUGGCGGAAUCACUAGAGAACAUUCUUUCCAUGGGAGGGUCUCGCCUCAAAAGCCAAGCAAAUGCUGAAAGUACAGUGACAGAACAAAUACCUGUAUCUCUGAGUCUAUCAAGCUUGUCCAAGAAUGACUCUUUGGAUGAAAGUGAGGACCAGGCAGUGCCUACUAGCCCCAUAAAGUCUCAUGGUUCCACAGGGGACUUGCUGCAAGAGUCAGAAAACGACCCUGAAGCCGCUCAACCAGUGUUUCGAAGACGAGCCAAUACCUUUAGUUACAUGCCCUCCAGCGCUGAGCAGCCAGAAGAGAUCAUCGCGGAGACUCCAUCCUUUCCCAAACCAAAACUGAUGAGGUAUCACUCAGUGAGCACAGACACGCCACACAAACAAAAUGAUUAUGACUCCAAGCCGAGCCCAAGCAGAGAUUCCAGCAGUGGUGGGAGCUUGGUCCGUACACGGCGACAGUCCUGGCGGCAGCAGAUCUUUCUCCGAGUGGCCUCCCCACAAAAAGGAUGUGAAUCCCCAUGCAGACAUGAUGGCAAAGCACAAGACCAUCCCAAUGGAGGGGACGUUUCUUCAAGGGCAUCUAUGGCGACAUCAUGCAAUGACAGUUAUCUGGGGGCAGUUGCAGAGGAAAGAAAACGUACGCCCAGAGAGCUCCGAGACCUGUGGAGGAAGGCAAUUCUCCAGCAGAUACUGCUGCUGAGAAUGGAGAAAGAAAACCAGAAACUACAGGCUUCCGAAAGCGACCUGCAGAAUAAGCGACUGAAACUAGAUUAUGAGGAAAUCACAUUGUGCCUGAAAGAAGUGACUCAAGUCUGGGAGAAAAUGCUCAAUGUACCUGCAAGGUCAACAGUUAAAUUUAACAUGGAGAAUAUUCACACGGCCAUGGGUCAAGGAGUGCCUCGGCACCACCGAGGGGAGAUAUGGAAGCUUCUAGCAGAACAGCACCAGCUGCGGUAUCAGCUUCCUGUGAAGCAGCAACCAAAGACUACUCAGUAUGAAGAACUAUUGAAACAGUUAACAUCUCAACAGCACGCAAUACUCAUUGACCUCGGACGCACAUUUCCUACGCAUCCCUAUUUCACAACUCAGCUGGGUGCUGGGCAACUCUCGCUGUACAAUCUUUUGAAAGCCUAUUCUCUUCUGGAUCCCGAGGUGGGCUAUUGCCAGGGGCUGAGUUUUGUGGCAGGAAUCUUGCUGCUGCACAUGAGUGAAGAAGAUGCUUUUCAAAUGCUGAAGUUUCUCAUGUACGACAUGGGCUUGAGAAGGCAGUAUCGUCCCGACAUGAUUAUCUUACAGAUACAGAUGUACCAGCUGUCACGGCUGCUCCAUGACUAUCAUCGCGAUCUUUACUGCCACUUUGAGGAGAAUGAAAUCAGCCCCAGUCUUUAUGCUGCUCCCUGGUUUCUCACUGUAUUUGCCUCUCAGUUUCCUUUGGGAUUUGUGGCUAGAGUAUUUGAUAUGAUUUUCCUUCAAGGAUCAGAGGUAAUCUUUAAAGUAGCUCUUAGCUUGCUGGGAAACCACAAGCCACUAAUUCUUCAGCAUGAGAGCCUGGAAUCAAUAAUUGACUUUAUAAAAUGCACACUCCCUAAUCUUGGACUAGUGCAGAUGGAAAAAACAAUAAAUCAGGUUUUCGAGAUGGAUUUAUCCAAGCAACUACAGGCCUAUGAAGUUGAGUACCAUGUUCUUCAGGAUGAGCUGAUGGAUUCUUCUCCCACAAUGACUGAAAACGAGCGAUUAGAAAAAUUGGAAAAGAGCAACAAUAGCUUGCGCAAGCAGAACAGUGACCUGCUGGAGGAGCUUGAGGUUGCUCAUACUAAGAUUGAAAGCCUGGAAGCUACAGUUAAUACUUUGCUGUCUAAUGAAGGAAAGUUAAAGCAAGCUAUUCAUAGACUUGAGUUGGAGAGAGCUGCACUCCUGGCGACCGUGGAAGAAUUUCAGAAGCAGGUUCCCAGCACAGACCAUGUUGAAAACAACUCUCUCUGAAGCACAAGAAAAGGAUUAUAAAAUCUGAUGCACUUUAAAUGAUAGGUAUAAAGCAAGAGAAGACAUUUUGAUUAGUAGGAUUCUCUGGUUCCAUCGCACCACAGAGCAAACUAUCAAUAUGGGAUCUAUUCAAAGGCACAGCAGUAACAUCUUGUUUAACUAUAUAGGCAUAGUACUGAUCACUGGAUUAUUACCUGCUGUCAAAGGCAGAUCAAUAGAAAACUCAUUUCUCUGAAAAUUGUGUGGGUUUAUUUAUAUCCAAUGCUUGUACCUGUUUUGUUUUUAUGUAUUGGACACUUCUUAACCAGGACACAAUACUUGAAGGGUUCUUCAUAAUACCUUGUUUGUAUUGAUAACCAAAAGUGAGCCAUGUGCUUUCAGUGUAAUUCUGACACUUGUAGUAGGAGGGUUACAUCGGAGGUGGUCAGUUCAUUUCAAAGUUUGUGGGUAUGUUGUAAGAAAACUACACUAACGUUCCUCUUGCCAUUAAUUGGAAUUUUUAGUUUUCUUAAUUCACCUCACUUCAUUCCUAACCAAGAUUAGUAUUAUCUUGGUUUAAAAAAAGUACACCUUAUAAAAAGAAAUGAUAUGUAAGGACAAAAUUACGAAAGCUGAGAAGGAAUACUGCAAGUCAAAUCAAGUGGUGUCUUUUGAAAAGCCUUACAACACCCACGGUGGGAGAUUAUGUAAAGUGGCUUAUUUGUGUUUUACAUAUAUAGCAGCUUCCUGUAAGUAGAAAAUGAUUGAUAAAAAGGAAUAAUUUUUUUUCAAAGUUUUGUGAAAAAUAAUGUACCACAGCCAAAAUAUUUAUGAUUGAUUUCCCAUUUCAUUUCAUCUAGCCCAUCAUAUACAGCAAUAUAUUUGGGUGGUUUCACAAUACUUUGUGUUUAAAUACAAAACAUUAUAUCACCAAAUAAAACUGAAAGUUUGAUCAGUGCUAAGACCAUCCAGUGAAUUAACAUGGUAUCCAUCUGCUGAUAUAUUUUAAGAAUUGGAAACCAACACUUCAUUAGUUCAACUCAUUGCCCUUAUUCUCUACUUGCCUACAUGUUUGGAUGUGAACACUUUUUGGGCCAAUCCUUUUAAACAAAACUGGUUUGUGCUAGGUUAAAUAGAUCUAGAUGGGUUGGAUCUGACUUGCAUGCUCUUUUACACUCGUGCUGUAGUUUGGUAUCAUAAAAUAGGUCAUUUUUCUCUACUGAGCAUUUUUAAAACCUUUUAGGAACUGAAAAGAAGCUAAGUAAAAAGCUAAUAGUCUUGCAAUCAUGCAAUUCCGAGAGAAUUGCUUUUAAAAAAUCUAUAUAUUAAAUUGCUCCAGCCCUGAUCUGCAUGGUCUGUUUCCCAACUGAAUUGAUCUAAAAUGGGCUAUGUAACAUUAUGAUGGAAGAGAUAUCCAGUGAUUAUAAAAAUGAUGCACUAUUACUAUCAUCAUCUCAAUCCAGUCCAUAAAAGGAAGGGACUAUGUAGAUGUUGGACAGUAUUCCAAAUUUGUGAUUGUGAUAUAUCCAAGCACCAGUAUAAUUUACUAUGCUUUACUUGUCCAUGUGCCUUUUCACAUAAUUCUGAUACCUCAGUAGUUGUAUUACACAAUAAGUGAGCUAAGCUACAUGUUUCCAGGAAAUGGUCAUAUUAAACGGGUUGCCAUGAUUUUUGAAUUUCUUGUUUUGCAUUUGUUGGGUUUUUUUUAUUCAUUAGUUCAUAAAUCAGAGCCAUCGCUGAUGUUGUUUAGUCCUUUUCCUUUUGUACUGGUAAUGUGCCAUAAAUUGUGCCUAGUUCAGAGCAGGUUGAGAUUUGAGAUGCAACAGUAUCAAGUAGUUUAGAAGUGAAGUUCAGUGUGACUUUGCAUUCAUCUUUCCCGCUACUGGUAGCCUGAUGGUUAACUUUACACUGUUCAGUGUAGGGGAAAGUUCAAAGAAUUUCCACACAGUUUAAAGAAAGUUUUAGAAUUACCAAAUCUGAGUUUUAACUAUUUUGAUGUUUACACUCCUGCUCAAAAUUUCGAUCAAUUGUUUCGGUCUCUUUUCCUCCCAGCAUUUUAACAUCCAUUUCUUGUGACCAUUGUGUAUCUGAUGCUGUGUGCCUGUAAUGCUGCUACGAGUCAGUUUCUCAGUGCACCUGUGCAUACACGUACUUGUGCAUAAGACAAUAAACUCAACUUUGAUUCUGA